CGACGAUUUGUUUACGAAUUUCCACUCAUUUCAGGAUUUCAUUGAAAUUUUGGUCAAAAGUUGUGAUAUUUUUACGUUUUUUACACUUUUAGUCAAAUUUAUACACAUUUUGUUUGAAGCGUUCAUUCAUUGCAUAAACGACUCAUCGAUGGCUUCAAACGCGACGAAGAGUUGGUCUCAAUUAGUGAGCCAUAAAUCGCAAGACAAGGACAUCAGACCAGACAUCAGACCAGUUGAGGACUACUCGCAGACAACGGCCGCAAACGACGUCUCCUUUGUAUCGCUCGAUGACGUGAUGUCCGAAGAGUUGGCCAAACAGUUGGACGAAGACUCGCCCGCUUUGGAGACGACGGGAGCCAUCGGUGGCGAGGAUUUGGCGCCCAAUAGGAGUCGAGAGGAAGACGUGAAGAAAUUGAUCGCAGAGUCGGGCCUCGACUUGAGUCAACUGCUGGACACCGAGGGAAGCGACUGCUCUUGCGAUGAGGUUUUGGCACAUUUGCUUCAACUGGAGUUCGAUCGACAACACGACCACAACCUCAAGAAGGAGGAGAAGAAAGUGAAUCAGAACUCAAAGGUCGGCAUAUCUUUCGAUUUGUACCGAAGAGUGAGAGGAGAGGCGUUUGAAUCGGAUUCCGACGACGACUUCCACGAAUACGGCGAAGACUCGAAACACUGGGAUUCGUUCGAGAAGUCGGAGCGACAGGCCGUCAAAGUGGGCCGACAGGGCUUCGCCGUCCGCAACGGAGUCGUGACCACUAAACACGACUUGGAGACGACGGCCCGCAAGAACGCCUGCAAAGCCAUGGACUUCGAGCUGAAGACCGGCGACGGCGGCAGCUUUGAUAUGAAACUCAAUAACAAUGUCUACAACGCCCUCAAAGUCCACAGCAUUAACGAAGGCAAACGAAUGGCGCGAUUGCACGAAAAGAAGGAGAAGUCGACCGCAGAGAAGGUUUUGGACGAAAAGAGUCGUAUUCUGGUCUUCAAACUGUUGAACAGAGGAGUCCUCGACAGUAUCAAUGGUGUGAUCGCCACUGGGAAGGAGUCUGUGGUUCUUCACGGCCGCGGAUCGAUGGCCGAGAAGGGCAUCACGAGCACCGAAGUGGCCGUCAAGAUCUUCAAGACGACUCUCAACGAGUUUAAGAAUCGCAUACAAUAUAUAGGCAAUGAUCCGGUUCUGCACCAAACGAGUAAACUCUCGAAACAGAACCCAAAGUUCAUGAUUCCGUUGUGGGCGGAGAAGGAAAUGCAUAAUUUGAACCGAAUCCGUCGGAACGGCAUUCUGUGUCCCGAAGUGUUGAUCCUCAAGAAACACGUUCUGGUGAUGACUUUCAUCGGAAGCGACGGCAAAGUCGACACUCGAGAGCUUAGCUUACAGUUAAUUGAUUUGGUUUCCAAAGCGGCGCCGACUCUGAAAGAGGCGAAUCUGAGUGAAGAGAAUCUGUCGAAAGCGUGGAAACAGGCGCUGGAAAUGCUGUGCAAACUGUACAAAGACUGCGAUCUGGUCCACGCGGACUUCAGUGAAUACAACCUGUUGUGGCACGAGAACAGGCUUUGGUGUAUCGACGUCUCGCAGGCCGUCCUCUCCACACAUCCCAUGGCCUUCAAGUUCUUGUGGAGGGAUUGCAAUAACAUUCAUAGAUUUUUUGCGAAACGCUGUUUACCUGAACUCAUGUCUGCGUCAGAAAUCUUUACAACAGUUUGUGGCAAACAAUUGGACUCAAGUCUCGAAAACGAAGCAAAUUCUGUGGAUCUCUUGGAUAAGAUUGAUAACUACGAGAAAAGUGAAGACCUCUUGAAAUACGGUCUCUCAGAAAACGAGGACCCGUUCGAAGAUAUGCUGGAAAAGAGUGUCCGCGAGAGGACUAACUUAGAGCCCAUUAAAGGGUCGCCAAAAUCAAAAUGACGUCAAAUGUGUUGCAAAUGAUUAGUUAAGGAGUGAACGACUAAUUGAGUGGUUUUUAGAGUUUUAUGUUAAAUGAAUGGUUAAUGAAGUGAAUUGCGAUUUAGUCUCUAGUAUUGUAUUUCUAACGAAUUGUUUUACCGGUAAUUUAUUAACUAUUUUUGCCAUAAAUUUGACAAAUCUGUAAGAGAUAUUCGUUUCAUUGUUUUGUCAUUUGUUUUUUGAG